CUGUUGCGGCCGGACGGAUAUCCGCUGCGCCCUGCCGUGGGGGCUGGACGGUGUGGGGCCCGGGGCUGGGUGAGCCCGAAGGUGGCAACACAAUGACGCCCACCGUGGAGGGAAGCCCUGAUGCUCGGCUCCCCGAUUUGCCCAGAGGACCCCUCCAUGCCUACCGAGCGAGGGCAUCUUUCAGCUGGAAGGAGCUGGCGCUGUUCUGGGAAGGCGAGGACAUACUCCACUUUAAGAAAACCAUCUUCUCAGCUUUGGAGAGUGACCCUCUCUUUGCCCACUCCCGGGAAGCCCAUCUGUCCUUGGAGAAGUACCGAGAGCUGAACUUCCUGAGGUGUAGACGGGUCUUUGAGUAUGACUUCCUCAGUGUGGAAGACGUGUUUCGGAGCCCUCUGAAAGUGUUGACAUUGGUUCACUGCCUGGGGAUGUACGACUGGUCCCUGGCUGCCAAAUACCUCCUCCACAUCCUGGUUUUUGGAUCAGCAAUUUACAACUCUGGUUCUGAAAGACAUUUCAAAUACAUUCAAAAGGUCUUGAACAUGGAGAUUUUUGGAUGUUUUGCCCUGACGGAAAUAAGUCAUGGGAGCAACACCAAGGCCAUCCGAACAACUGCUCACUACGAUCCUGCCACCAAGGAAUUCAUCAUACAUUCCCCUGAUUUCGAAGCUGCCAAGUUUUGGGUUGGAAAUAUGGGCAAGACAGCUACCCACGCUGUGGUGUUCGCCCAGCUGCACAUGCCCGGGGGCCAGUGCCAUGGCCUACAUCCCUUUCUUGUGCAGAUUCGGGACCCAAAGACACUUCUUCCCAUGCCAGGGGUGAUGGUCGGCGACAUAGGGGAGAAACUGGGGCAGAAUGGUCUGGAUAACGGAUUUGCCAUGUUCCAUCAGGUGCGAAUUCCUCGCCAGAACCUCCUGAACCGCACCGGAGACGUCACCCCUGAUGGUACCUACCUCAGCCCCUUCAAGGACGUCAGACAGCGCUUCGGAGCGUCGCUGGGAGGCUUGUCUUUUGGCCGAGUCUGCAUUACGGGCAUGUCCGUCGUUAACUUGCAGUUGGCCGUGUCCAUAGCUCUUCGUUUCUCAGCCACUCGCUGUCAGUUCGGCCCGACAGAGGGGGAGGAAGUGCCGGUACUUGAAUAUCAGUUGCAGCAAUGGAGGUUACUUCCGUACCUGGCUGCUACCUUUGCCUUAGAUCACUUCUCCAAGUCGCUCUUCCUGGACCUUGUACAGCUUCAGCAAGGCCUUGUGGGGGGAGACCGCAACGCCAGGCAGGCAGAGCUUGCACAAGAGAUCCAUGCGUUGGCAUCAGCGGGCAAGCCUUUGGCCUCGUGGACAGCCCAGCGAGGAAUUCAGGAAUGCCGGGAGGCAUGUGGAGGACACGGCUAUCUGGCCAUGAACCGGUUGGGGGUCCUCAGAGAUGAUAACGAUCCCAACUGUACCUAUGAGGGUGACAACAACGUCCUGCUGCAACAGACGAGCAACUACCUUCUGGGCCUCCUGGAGCGCCGGGUCAGAGAUGGAGCUUGCCUCCAGAGCCCUCUGAAGACAGUGGACUUUUUGGAAGCCUAUCCCAACAUCCUCAGCCAGAGGUUCACAGCCUCCAGCAUUGCCGACUGCCUGGACUCUGCAGUCCCCCUGGAAGCGUACAAGUGGUUGGUUUGUUACCUGCUCAGAGAGAGUUACCAGAAGUUCAAUCAAGAGAAAAGAUCAGGAAGCAAUGACUUUGAAGCAAGGAACAACUGCCAGGUGUACUACUGCCGCCCCCUGGCCCUGGCUUUCCUGGAGCUCACGGUGGUUUGGAGGUUCCAUGAGUACACGCACCGGCCGGGUGUGCCGCCCCCACUGCGGGCCGUGCUGGGCCGGCUCAGCGCUCUGUACGCCCUGUGGGCCCUGAGCCGGCACGCAGCUGUGCUCUACCAAGGUGGAUACUUCUCUGGUGAGCAGGCGGGUAAAGUGGUGGAGAGCGCCAUCCUAACCCUGUGUUCCCAGCUGAAAGAUGACGCAGUUGCCCUGGUGGACGUGAUCGCUCCUCCCGACUUUGUUCUGGACUCACCCAUUGGCAGAGCCGACGGAGAGGUGAAGUGUCCAGUGCUGUGUGUGCUCAGCAAACCCUUUCAUGAAUGUGACUGGCCUCUGCAGUGCUGGCCGCAGUCUGAGGAUGUCAGCAGCCCCUCCCUCUGGUCACUCCUACUUCUCCCUCGGGACCAGAGGCUUGGUUGGUUGUUUUUACUCUACGGUCUCUGCUUCAUUGUGGACUUGGCCGCUCAGAUCAUGCUCUCCAGCCUCUGGUCAGUUCAGAGCAUGGACUUUAUCAGCAGCACCAGAGAGUUGGUCACCUGGUGUUGUCCAACUUCAAUGGCGUGGGCACAUCUGUCACCGUUUCCACUCUGACUGUGGCCACCCUGUGUCACUGUGGGCCAGCAAAGAUGUGAUCCAGGCUCUCUUGGGGUGGGUGCCAAACCAAUGAGAGCCAGUUCUUAUUUUUCCAAAUAGCCCAGUGAACUUGGGAGCAUCCGAGGUUGUGGUCAAUAUCUGUUUCUAAAGACUGAGCUCCCAGUCCUGGCUGUCACUUGACUUACCCUCCUACCUGUGGGCUCUGGAGCGCCUAAGAGGUCAUUCAGGACGCCGCACUGAGCACCUUCUGAGCCCCAGCACCUUGCCUGGCUCUGCAAGUUCACACCUGGUUAGCCCCUGGGACAGCUGCAUGGGGUGGAGGUGCUGCCAGCACAUUUCACAGAGGAGGAACUGGCCAGAGAGCUGGAUCACCAUGUGGCAGACAGUCAGGGAUGUCUGAGCCGGCCCGGGGACCUCUCAGAUGCCCGUGAGACCCCGCCCAGGGCUGAGCCUGCAGUAGGACAUUGCUGGUUUCCAUUGUCGUUGUAACCCGAGUUCCAUCUCACUCUGGUUCGGAGGCUUCCUUGGGUUGAAAUAAACUCUUCAUUUAAAGUGUAACACACAACCACACUUUAUGGGGGCAAGACAUGAUUGCAAGAGGGACUUUACCUAACAAUUGCAAUCAGUGUAACCUGGCUUAUUGUACCCUCAAUGAAUCCCCAACAAUAAAAAAAAAAAAAAGA